AUGUACCCGGUAGCGGGGGCCAUUGAUGGGACGUAUGUUCCAAUCAGCGGACCUUCUGCAUUUAGGGAAUCCUAUAUUUGCAGAAAAGGUUUCCAAGCAAUGCAUUUACAAGCAGUCUGUGGGCCUGAUUUAAAGUUUUUGGAUGUCUUCUGUGGAUACCCUGGAUCAGUUUAUGAUGCCAGGGUAUACAGAAACAGUCCUCUUUUUCAAGAGGUUCAGGUAUUGCCACCUAAAUUUCAUAUUUUAGGUGACUCUGCAUACCCCAUGUCAAUAAACUUGUUGACUCCCUAUCGUGACAAUGGUCACCUUACCCUUGAGGAGAAAAAAUACAACAGUGCCCACAGCUCCACAAGAGUGGACAUAGAGCGGGCCUUUGGUUUUCUUAAGGGUAAGAUUAGGAAGCUCAAGUUUCUUGACACGAGGAAUGUAGAGGACAUUCCCUGUACAAUUGUAACCUGCUGUGCAUUACACAACUUUAUUUUAAUGAAUGAGAGUCUCGAUGAGAGUGAAGUUGUUUUGGAAGAUGUAGAUGUAGAUGAGAGGAUACAAAGUGAAAAUGUGCAGUGUGAAAAUGAAGCGAGAGUGGUUAUUACAGGAAAGGAGAAAAGAAGAAGUAUCAUGCAUCUUUUGAUGUGA